CGAAGCGGGUAGAUGACAAUCAGUCUUCAGCUUUUGUUUCAUACGGACAGAACAAAUUUACUCAAAAAAUGGCCAUUAAGUUAGUGAUCGCUCUCGCUCUCUUCGCUGUGGUGAAGGCUGGUGUUAUCGUACCCGCUGCUGCUCCCGUUGCUGUUGCCCCCGCCGCCGUUGCUGUGGAGGAAUACGAUCCUCACCCACAGUACAAAUAUGGCUACGAUGUACAAGACGCUCUGUCUGGUGAUUCCAAAGGUCACGUGGAGGAACGUGAUGGUGAUGUUGUGCGUGGUGAAUACUCUUUGAUCGAUUCUGACGGUUUCAGACGUGUUGUCACCUACACUGCCGACCCCAUUAAUGGCUUCAAUGCUGUAGUGCGUCGUGAACCUUUGGUUGCCCCAGUUGUUGCUGCUGCUCCUGUGGUAAAAGCUGCCCCAGUUGUUGCAGCACCUGUUGUUAGAGCCGCCCCAUUGGCCGCUGCCGCUCCAAUUGCGCCCGCUUUUACCUACAGCCGCCUGUAAAAUGUUGAGCCAUUCAUAUUAAUAUUAUUUGUUACUUGGAUUAAUUAGAUACAAUACAAAAAUAAAUGUGAUCUGUAAUUUUAAAUGUGAAUUGCAGUGUCUAUACU